AAUCUUUGGCGGCCCGCCAAUUUGGAACGACGCCGUAUAUAGCAGUAGCCGUUUUCAAUUUGGGCCUAGUGGUACUGAAACACAGAGUCUUUGCUCGGCGGCGAACUUGCUCUCUUUUUCUCCGGCAAAUUCUCGUCGUAGUGUACCCAUAUGCUUGGUGAAAAUUGGUAGAUAGUCGGAGCCAACAAUAGAAGCAGAUCUCAUAUGGCUUAUGGAGGCACAAAUGUCAAUCCAUUGGCAGCAACAGGUGGUUCAACAACUGUGAGGCAGGUGAAGCUGGAUAAAGAAUGUGAGCUCCGAAUUGAAACCAGCCUCGACUUGCCCCUCCGUCUUCGGCUCUUGACUGGAACAGCUGAGAUUUUUGGAACUGAAAUCCCUCCUGAAAUCUGGCUUACCAUCCCUCCAAGACUCAAAUUUGCUGUUUUUACUUGGUAUGGAGCCACAAUCGAGAUGGAUGGUCCCACUGAAACUGAUUAUACAGCAGAUGAGACACCGAUGAUAAGUUAUAUAAAUGUUCAUGCUGUACUUGAUGGACGAAGAAAUCGUGCCAAAGCUUCGCCUAGUGAUUCUGACACUUCUCAGGGCCCAAGGGUCGUCGUCGUGGGACCUACAGAUUCUGGCAAGAGUACUUUAUCAAGGAUGCUUCUUAGUUGGGCAGCAAAACAGGGAUGGAAACCUACUUUUGUGGAUUUGGACAUAGGUCAAGGAUCGAUAACUAUUCCAGGAUGUGUUGCUGCUACACCAAUCGAGUUGCCUAUUGAUCCUGUUGAAGGAAUUCCACUUGAAAUGCCUAUGGUCUACUUCUUUGGUCAUGUGACUCCUAGUGCCAACAUAGAUCACUACAAGGUACUCGUCAAGGAGCUAGCUCAGACUCUGGAGAAGCAAUUUUCUGGCAAUGCUGAAUCUCGAGCUUCAGGCAUGGUAAUAAAUACAAUGGGAUGGAUAGAGGGAGUUGGUUAUGAGUUGCUACUCCAUGCGAUUGAUACAUUCAGUGCCACAGUUAUUCUUGUCUUGGGUCAGGAAAAACUUUGUAGCAUGCUAAAAGAUGUAUUGAAGAAGCGGCCUAAUGUGGAUGUAGUGAAACUUCAAAAGUCCGGUGGUGUUGUAUCAAGGAAUGCAAAAGAAAAACUUUGUAGCAUGCUAAAAGAUGUAUUGAAGAAUCGGCCUAAUGUGGAUGUAGUGAAACUUCAAAAGUCCGGUGGAGUUGUAUCAAGGAAUGCAAAAGUACGGCAGAAAGCAAGGGGCUACAGAAUACGGGAGUACUUUUAUGGCCCUUCAAAUGACCUCUCACCACAUUCUAAUGUAGUGAACUUCGGUGACUUGUUCAUCUACCGAAUUGGGGGUGGACCACAGGCUCCACGCUCAGCUUUACCUAUUGGUGCAGAGCCUGCUGCAGAUCCUACAAGAUUGGUUUCUGUUAGUAUCAACCGGGACUUGCUCCAUUUGGUUCUUGCCGUCUCGUAUGCCAAUGAACCAGAUCAAAUAAUUUCCAGUAAUGUUGCCGGAUUCAUCUAUGUCACAGACGUUGACAUGCAUAGGAAAAAGAUAACAUAUCUUGCACCAUGUGCUGGGGAACUUCCGAGCAAAUACCUAAUCGUGGGAACCUUAACAUGGAUUGAAAACUGAAUUAUACAAAUGCAGUAGCCAGUGGUUUUUUUCGGCCUCUGAAUUAUACUAAGCUUUUGGUAGUGUAGAAAUGCAAUAGGCUUUUUCUGUGAUGACUGUAUAAUACUACGACUGUACCAUAGGUAUGAGGCUUUAUGGAGAAAAUUCGAAUGUACAAAUAACAUUAGCUCCUUCAUCUUUUUUAUCGGCAAAUGUUAAGUUAAAUGGUCUUUUUGCAUCACUGACAUUUUGA